CGCCACGGCUGCGGCGGCGGAGCGCGCCCUCCGCCUUCCGCGGCCGCGCUGCCCGCGCAGUCCUCUGCCUCGCGUGCGGUGGGGCGAUGGCCGCUCCCCGUGGCGACCGGCAGCCGCAAAGUGAUGGCUAUCGAACCUUAUCCUUGUCUGGGAAUGUUGGUUUUGGUAGUUUACCUGAUCAACUGGUUAGAAAGUCCGUCAAACAGGGCUUCUGCUUCAACAUUCUUUGCAUUGGGGAAACUGGAAUUGGGAAAUCAACCUUGGUAAACAGUUUGUUUAACACUAAUUUUGAUGACCCUUUGUCAACACAUUUUCUGCCAAAUGUACGACUUAGAGCCCAGACUUACGAACUCCAGGAAAGUAAUGUUAAUUUGAAGCUGACCAUUAUAAAUACAGUGGGAUUUGGUGACCAAAUAAACAAAGAAGAUAGCUAUCAGCCAAUAGUGGAUUAUAUAGAUGCACAAUUUGAAGCCUAUCUCCAGGAAGAACUGAAAAUUAAACGUUCUUUAUCUAGCUACCAUGAUACUCGCAUCCAUGUCUGCCUCUAUUUCAUUUCACCUACAGGCCAUUCCCUAAAACCCCUAGAUUUGUUAACCAUGAAAAACCUAGACAGCAAGGUGAACAUUAUACCAAUUAUAAGCAAAGCAGACAGCAUUUCUAAGACUGAAUUACAGAAGUUCAAGAAAAAAAUUAUGAGUGAAUUAGUUAGUCAUGACGUCCAGAUAUAUCAGUUUCCAACAGAUGAUGAAACUGUUUCUAAAAUUAAUACCAUCAUGAAUGGGCACUUGCCAUUUGCUGUCGUGGGAAGUACAGAAAAAGUGAAAAUUGGAAACAAAAUGGUGAGAGCUCGUCAGUACCCUUGGGGCAUUGUACAAGUGGAAAAUGAGAACCACUGUGACUUUGUAAAGCUUCACGAGAUGCUUAUUUGCACAAAUAUGGAAGACUUAAGAGAACAGACUCAUGCACGACACUAUGAGUUGUACAGGCGCUGCAGACUGGAGGAGAUGGGCUUCAGAGAUGUCGGCCCUGGGAACAGACUGGUCAGUCUACAGGAAGCCUAUGAGGCAAGGAGGCACGAGUUCUACCUUGAACUUCAAAGAAAGGAGGAGAAGAUGAGACAAGAGUUUGUGCAGAGAGUGAAGGAGAAAGAAACGAUAUUGAAAGAAGCAGAGCAACAGAUACAGGCUAAUUUUGAACAUCGUAUGCUAAUAUAUCAAGAAGCGAAACUGAAAUUAGAGAAAAAGAAAACAGUUCUUAAAGAUGAAAUAUCUGUGUUUAUUCAGAAGAAAGCUAAGGCUGAAUUACUCCAAUCACAAGCAUCUGUUUCUAGCCCUGUUAGUUUGAAGAGAGACAAGGACCACAAAAAUUCCAGCUUUACAUAAUGCCAAUGGUAGAAGAAACAAUAUUGACAAUUUCUCUUGAGGAAGCAAUGGUUCACAGUGUGCUUUUGGAGGUAUAGAAGUUGCAUUUUCCUGCUGAAGGAUUUGGAAAGUGUCUCUUGUUGCUGCUACAUGAUGCAAAAGAAUUUUGUUCUGUAUACGUAUACAGAACAUAUGGUGCAGUGAUUGCUGUCAUCAUUGUUGUGGACUUUCUGUUAUGAGUCUACCUUGAUAUACACUUUCCUCAACUGCCUGUGGCCAACUUGCUUUCAUUUUACAUGGAUUGUACCAAAGAGAAUGUCUCUGCCAUGAACAGUUCCAUUCACAAAGUGAGUGCUGUAGCAGAAAAGUAUUCAGUCAUUCAGUUAUAUCCCCUAUAACCUCUCUAAAAGAGUUAGUUUCAUAUGAUAUGGUGUAUCAGUCUACUAAAUAUUAAUUAAUACAACUACUGAUGUAAUCCAACCAUUUACCGAUUUUGUUUAUAGGGUUUUAUGUAUAAGCACUGUCCUAAAUUUCAGAUAUGAGCUUUAUAAUCAAAUUUUAUUGAGAUAUUUUUGCAGUGCUGUACUGUUGCAUGACAGUUUAUCUGACAUUACUAACUUAAUAUGGACAGUACCAAUAACUUUUUGAUGCUUAUGACUGUGGUGUUCAGUUACAGCAAGGCUGAACUUUGCAAAAAGUAUUAACCAAAGAGCUUCAGUUAAAAGAAGUUUAGAAUGAUUCUUAUAUUUUCAGUAGCCAUGAAAACUAAUGUGAAACUAUAAGAAGUGCAACUCUUUGAAAAUGAAAUACUAAC